AUGGCUUCUAUUAUUAUCAAAAUGUUGACAUUCAAUGUAGUUGCAGUAUUUUUAUUCGGAGUUUCUCUAGGGAAAGUUAUUUAUGAUGUCGAUUUUGACGAUGAUGACGGAAAGUGGCUGUCUGAUGAUGAGUUUGAAGGUCUCCUAGAAAAACCCAAUGUUCCAGCACAAGUUGAGGAAGUGACAUACAAAAUCUUUCUGGUUGGGAAAAGUGGUGUAGGAAAAACAAGCACCAUUGCAAAAUUAUCAGGGAAUCAGAUUCCUACUAGUCAUAGUGAGACUGCAGGAAUACAGACUACCACCAUUUACUGGCCAGGUAAAAUACAGCAGUUCAACAAAGUGAUAAUGUUCAAGUUACAAUUAUGGGAUGCUGGUGAAGGAGCACUGAAAAAGUUUGACCAUAUUCAGCCGGCAUGUUUAGAAAAGUGUGAUUGUACUAUGUACCUAUUUUCAUUUGUUGACAAGAGUAGUUUUGAUGACAUUCCACAGAACUUUGGAAGAUUUAGUGGACCAAAAGAUACAUCUUGUAAAAUUAUCAUGGGAACAAAAUUUGAUCAGCAUGCACAUACAGAAAUAACACAAAGAGACAUCAGAGAUUUUGAACAAAAUUGGAAAAUACCAAUCUUAAAAAUCAGAAACAUUCCAGAUAAUGAUGGAAAAACAGACUUUAAUGAUGUAGCACAAAUAUUAAACAUUAUCUGUGAACAUUUAUGGUACAGAGAUGUAUUGUUAUCAAAUAAGACAGAAGAAGGAAAGAUAUCAUAUUGUUGACUAGAAGUAGGGAAUAUAUCAUAUUGUUGACUAGA